GCUCUCGCCGCUGUAGUCCUCACAGUGACGCUCGCUCCGCUGCUGCAGAUGAAGUGUCACAGCCUGUCAGCUCCCUGACGGACAGUCGCACUAGAGACUUUUACUGCGGCGAGGUUUUGCCUUCGUUUACGAAUGGUGAACUUUUCUGUGGAGUUUUUAUUGAACAGUAAUUGCUUUAGUUGUCAGAAAGGAGCCAAAGACCCGUGCUUCCUCGAAGCUAUCAUGCUGAACACCGAGGAAAGUUCCUGGUUAGAGGGGUCCCGCCUGCCCACCUCCAUCCCUCAGUCUCCAGGGCCUCUGUGGUGCUCCGAUGCCCCUCACCCACAACUGAAGAUCCCGGGUGGGCGAGGGACUGUCAGGGAUCACUCUCUCGGUGUGCUACUACACAAGGAUGAGAAGUUAACGGUGACGCAGGCUGCUCCGGUGAGUGGGAACCCCUCUUUUCUCCGCUUCCACUACCAGCUGAGUGAGCGCCGCUCGGCCUCCUGGGACACAGCUCUAUCAGAAGACAGUCUCUUCCUGGAGAUCCCUGCCGGGCCGCUGGUGGAGGGGAGCAAGGAGGGGCUGACCGCACUGCUUGAGUUUUCAGAAGAGAAGCUCAAAGUUAACUAUGUGUUCCUGUGGUUCCAUAAAGGCAGAGAGGAUCGAUUGUCCAUCAUCAAGACGUUCCACUACAUGGGCUUUGAGAUGGUGAAGCCGGGCAACCCCAUGGUACCGACCCGGCCCGAUCUGGCCUUCAUGGUUUACUCUCUGGAUAACAGCAGCUCAGACGAGGAGUGAUUGACAUGCCGUCUCCUGACACCUCCCUCUCCCACCCGUACUCCACUCCCUUCCCCUCUCUCCUUCCUCCUCCCCCACAGAAACACCCCUCAUGUCCGUUUUCUUUCUCAACCAAAUCAAAUCCGCCUCCACUCUCGCUCUGACACACACCGCUUGGUAAUCCCUCAUCACUGACUGGGAGGUGUCACCUUCUUCUUUUUAUAGACGUGUUUUUAAGGGGGUGUUUUGGAGUGGUAGGAUUUGCCCCGCCUCCCCCCCUUUACCAAGGAUAACUGUAGAUCAGAGAAAUGGGGAGCGGCGUAGCUUGAACUAAGUCAUCACGAGCAUCGUGGGAUUUUUUUUUUUUCCACUUAGUGGAGCCACAUUGUUUUUGAAGACAAACGGCUGUUUGACCUUCAGGAGAAGGUGUUUUACAUGAAAAUUCAGCAUAUCUCCCCUCCCACCUUUUCUAAGGAAAGAGACUUUUGUUUGUCUGUGUGCUGUACAAGCGGUGCUUAAAAGAGGGAAUCAUGGGUUUGGUAUGGUCAAUAAAAUGUUGUUUUGCUUUAUAAUAUAGAUGGGUGAUGUGUUACAUUUAACAUUAAAGCACAUGUAAACAUUUCUUUACAUUUCUUCCUGAUAUAUGUUAAGGCAUCAUUCCAGCACAUGGCAUGCGCCCAUUUUUUGUUUUUGUUUUUUUUGUUUCUUUGUUUGUUUUAGCUCUCAUCAGCCCGAAACGAUCGACACACACACACACACACACACACACACACACACACACACACACACACACACACACACACACGUUGAAGUACCCUGUCAGCCUCUCCAAACAGACGUGUCAAAGCUAAGAAGCAGCUGGUAUGCUGAAGGUCACAUGGGCGACGCCUUCCCUGCUCUGAGCAGUAAUCAGCCAGACGGUGUGAGUUACUGAUGGAGGAGGAGGUCAGCCUCACUGCUGUCUCACUUAGCACGUCGCACACACAGACACUUUUUCUUCAGAAAUCAUAAGCUGAAUAAUUGUUAAGAAAGAAGCUCCACUUCUUGUUACUUUGCAUUAAAACACAUGUAAAGCUUUAGCCCCGGUCUAUGCCUCUCAUGUUUCUGCGUUAAAUUUAAGUCCAGUGAAAUGUAUGUUUUAAAAAAAAAAACCAGAAUCCUUAAAGACUUUUAAUCAUCUGGACUAAACUAUAUGUGUGUGUGUUUCUCGGUGAAUGGAAGAGAACAGAACUUUAUUUUGAUACAAAUCUUUACUGGGCAGAAUAUUUUACAUCUGGAAACUGUACAACAGUGUUAAGUUUUGUUUAGGAACUUUUUUUUUUUUUUUUCCUGUGACUCAAGUGUAAUCGUAAUACAUGAGGCACAAACUGGGUCUAAUGAAGCUUCAGUCAGCCCUGUAGAGUCGUUUAUUCCACACCAGUUGAAAGCUCGACUGAAACAAGGCUUUUCGUGCCUAAAGAGGAGAGUGCAAUGUUAAUAUUUUAUUUUAUUUUUUACUCUUGAGUCUUAUUGAGGAAUGUGUCCAUUUUCCAUAUUUCACCCCGUGUUAAGUGAGGAAAUGAUCUCAUCAUUGUAAGAGUACAACAGGAGCACUUCAGGUGAUUACCGUAUAUGCAAUUAGAGUCGAAACAGGACGAUCCUGUACAGGUUUUUUUUGUUUUGUUUUGUGGUUUUAAAUAUUCUGAACAAAACGCCAAAGAAUCCAUUCUGUCUGUAAACGUGCUGUCCAUUCAGAUCAUCCUGCUUUAAAGUUCAGCUCAUUUAAUCCUGCUAUGUAAAGCAAUAUUAACCUACAUUCCCCAUGCCAGCCAUACUACCUGUAACACCUCAGAGAAACAUGUUCCACGUUGGUGUUGGGAUGGUGUGGGCGCCUUUUUUUUUUUCUCUUCUGCAUGUGUUCAGAUCAUACGAGUCUUCAUUGCUACUGAUUGAGCCCUGACUAUAAGCUGUUAGGAAAUGUCAAUAUAUGAAUUUUCUCAGAGGUAUAUUUUUAUGUAUGUAUAUUUCUCAAAUGUUUACUGUCAUAGUUUAGGGGUUUAUUUUUUGUUCUCAGUGACAUAGUUAGCAAGCAUUCAAUGACAAUCCACACGUGUAUACUCUAAUUUUUGUCUUGGGGGGAGAAAAAUAAUAAAACUUGUUAUCUAA